CUUUAUAUUAUUUGUUUUUAAAUUAUAGCAUGGACAAUAACAAUUUUUCUAUUAAUUUCUAAAAUGAAUCAUGUUUGUUCGUUUAGGUAGAUUUAUAAAGAAUACAAAUUUAGUUAAACCACCAGUAAUAAUUACUAGACUGUACAAUGAUUUAGCAAUUGAAGCAAUUCCUGAAAUAUCCAAAACAACAAUUAAGAAAGCCAUGAAAACUAAUAAUUUUCAGUUUGAAGAAGGCUUUACUUGUUUUACUACCCCUUGUACAUUGUGUCCUAAAAUUAGUAAAGGUGCCAAAUUGUAUAUUAACAAAACAACAGGAUGGUUUAUGUGUACUGGUUGUAAAAAAUCAGGUCAGUGGAAUACAUUAGAAACCUAUUUCAAUUUAAAAAAGAGCAAAAAGACAAAAAUGAAAGAUGAAUCAAUAGAGGAAGAAAAGGCCAAUGAAAGAAUUAAAAAAACAUUGGAGGAAAUAAGAAAUUCAACCAGUGAAAUUAAAUCUUUAAGCGAAGAAGAUUUGCAUGAGGUUUUAAAGAAGUUCAAAUUACCUAUAAUUUCCAGUUCAACUUUUGAAACCUUAGACGUAAGAUUAAAUGAAAAACACACAGCCCUGUUUUUUCCAUUAGAAAACAUUGAGUCAGAAACUGUUGGUUACCGAAAAGUUAACUGUGGAUUAAGUACAGAUACUGUAUUACCCGAUCAAAAUUAUGGAGGGAUUUUAACGGCCCGAUUUCCAAAAAGUAAAGACACAGCAGUAUUAGUUCCGAGUAUUUCAGACUUUUUGGUUCUAGCAAACACAAAACUCAAUGUAAAUGUGGUUUGUUUACCUAAUGGGGUGAAUAAUUUAUCAUUAAAUGCUUUACCAAGUCUUGAAAGGUUUAAGAAGCUCAUAUUGUGGUUCGGAAGUGAUAAUAAGUCUUGGACUGCAGCUAGGAAUUUUGCAAAGAAGUUGGGAGAGAAGAGGUGUCUACUUAUUCGACCUACAGAAAAACAGCAGCUUCCCCAUUUAGACCCAAACCAGGAUUUCAAAUCAAUUAUAGCCACAGCCCAGCCAGUUUGGCACAAAUCUGUUACCACAUUUUCCACAUUAAGAGCGGAUGUAUUAUCAGAUCUUCAGAACAUCGAUAAAGUCCAAGGAGUUAAAUGGAAGCGGUAUCCUACUUUAAACAAAAUUCUGAAGGGCCAUAGAAGUGGUGAAUUGACCAUUUUUACUGGACCGACCGGUUCAGGGAAAACUACUUUUAUUAGCGAUUAUUCUUUAGAUCUGUCAAUGCAAGGGGUUAAUACCUUGUGGGGUAGUUUCGAGAUACGGAACGCAAGACUGGCAAAAACCAUGCUACAGCAGUUGGCUGGUAUUCCACUUGAUGAACAUUUACAUUUAUUCGAUCAUUGGGCAGACCAGUUCGAGAAGUUACCUAUAUAUUUUAUGACGUUUCACGGUCACCAGAGUAUUAAAGUAGUAAUGGAGGCAAUAGAACAUGCGACAUACGUCCACGACAUAGCACACGUCAUAAUUGACAAUCUCCAAUUCAUGAUGGGCACCUCAGAAGACCAGAAACACAUGGAUAGAUUCUGGAAGCAAGAUCUAAUCAUAGGUUGUUUUAGAGAGUUUGCUACGCGGAAAAACUGCCAUGUUACUUUAGUUAUACAUCCUCGAAAAGAACGAGAUGCCGAAGACUUGACUACUAGUUCUAUUUUUGGAGGAGCUAAAGCUUCACAAGAAGCCGAUAACAUUCUCAUUAUUCAAGAUAAGCGACUUACUGCUCUUAGAGGAAAGAAAUAUUUACAAGUCGUCAAAAAUAGAUAUAGUGGAGACUUGGGGAUAAUGCCAUUAGAUUUCGAUAAAGAUAGCUUGAGUUUUCAACAAAAGAAAACGAAGGAGAAAAAAGUGGAACUGGUCCAACCCUUAUCGCAACCUGAAAGUGAAGCUUCUAUACCAAAGAUUUAAAGCAUUUUAUCUACUUAAAGUUUUACAAGAUUGUUAUCAAUGUAGUGUGUGUAAAUGGAUUGUAAAGCUCUUAGCACGCACAUUUUUUAAUAUCGUUUCAAAUACAAUAAACUAUAGAUAUAAUAAUAAAACAAUAAAAUGAUGUCUAAAAACAAUUAUUCAAAUAGAUUAAAAUAAAAAUAGACAGUUGGUCUAUCUAUCGUUUUUUGUUACGGUGAAAUCAGUCAUAUAGAAUUUUUCAUAUAAAAAUGAUUGCACGUCAUUCAAGAUUACGACGUCAGAACCCCACAGCGUUGCCAAAAUAUCAGAAUAGUAAGUGAGGAAUUUUUAAAAUGUCAACCAUUUGUCAAACUGUUGUAUUAACAGUAAAUACACUUAGUUUUAAGACUACUGCAACACACUAAAAUACAAAAAAAAACAUUUUAAUACAAAAUUAUAUAUUCUAAAUAUUAAACUUACCUACUUUAAAGCAUUAAUAGUAAAAACGUCACGCCAUUAUUUCUUAUUCAAAAUCAUCUAUCUUAUAUGAAAAGACUAUUUAGUUGUUUUGGCAUAGCACAGUCACAAUACACAACAAUAAUUAGUUUUUAAAGCUAAUAAUCUAAGUUUGAUAUGUAUUUAUACAUACAAUUUCUUAAUGUAUAAUAUAUUAUGAUCAAAUUGUGUAAGAAAUCAAAACAUAAGCAAAAUUCUUACUCUAAAAAAGCGGCAACACUUUAAACAAUUUUGCCACACUCUGAACUGUCAUUAAAAUUUGAAGUAUUCCCGUAUCAGUUGCGUACAAUUGUCGAAUCUAUUUAAUUAAAAUUAUUAUUUUGUGGAAUAUUAGACUGAAAGAGUAAUUUCAUUAAAUUUAUAUUAUUAAUAAUAACAAAAUAUUUUUGGUUAUUUAAUCAAUAUAAUUCUAAAAUUCCCAAUAUAAUGAUGAUUUAAUUUUUCUAGUUAUUAUAUCAUGUUGACGCCUAUGAAAGAUCGAGCAGUUCCGUAUGGGUUUCAUAUUAUUAGCUGUGUUAGGAAAAUUUGAAUUUUAAGGUUGACGUUAUGGAAAUUUUAAAUAUAAGUGACGUCACUUUAUAUAAAUUGUGACGUGCAACGUUUUUACUUUAAAAAAUGGUAUAGAUAGAUACAGGUCUUUUCCCCGUAAAUCCGGGGAAAUACCCCGCAAUUCGGCAACAAUUCGUUUUCGUGAACUGUUGCAUAAUUCAAAAAAAGGUAGAGAAUGUCGGGAGUUAUUAAAUUACACCUUAAAAAUCUGCAAUUUUUUGUGGAUUUAGUCCAAAAACGAAAGAAAUAUUAAAUAACUAUCAAAACUCUCAUUUGAAUGUUCCGUAGCCUUAGUUUAAUAUGAUAUUUUGGCCUUGAUAUUUUUUUUACUUAAGCCUCGCUCUAGAUAUUUGAGCUUUGCAAUCCGAAUACACAUUAUGUAUAAAUGUUGAUUUUUUAAUUUUAUAUUGGAAAAAAUAAAUUAUAUUUUUCUGCAACUGA